CAAUACGACCCACUGUCUGUUGACAGACCAUCUCAGUCUCAACAUUCUGAAGGGAAUACUUGAAGUCACUCGCCAUGAUAUCAUGAUCCGUUAUUAUCGAGUGUAGUGAGCAUUAUCUGUUUCCCCAUGGAGAAAGACCCUGGAAUUCCGACUUUGCUUGAGCAAACCAAGGGCAUUCUGACUACUUGGCAACGACAAAGCAAAUCCAAGUUUCUCCAGUCUACCAUAAUGUAUCAAGUUUCCAUUUGCAUUUUCGAUGACCCUUUAACUAAUGAACUAGUACUUCUGAGCGUUUGGACCGUUUGCUAAUGGCCCUAACCGCGCAAGAUUCAGUUCGCAGGCAUGGAUUUCUUCAACUACCCUUUGACAGCUUUCGACUCUGCAUCGCCACGGGGCUACCCUGCCUUUCUCCUCUUCUUCCGCUCUACAAAUCCACAAACAGGACUCCAGGCAUUAGAAGAUGGGGUGGCCAAGCUAAUCCAACGGCUUCCAUUCCUUGCUGGGGAUAUCCACCCGUGCCCCUGCGACCAUCCUUUUAAAGAACAGAUACAGCCCUCACCUCGUACGCUCGACAAGGUGCCAAUGUUCCAGUCUCAGUACCAGUCUGUACCAAUGUCCAGUGUGGUGAGCCAGCUUGGGUCCGCCAUUUACACAAACACCCUGUGCCCCAUUCGACCUCGUCUGGAUGAUUCUGAACCUCACCCGGUCCUUCGCUUUCAGGGAACCCAAUUAAAAGAUGGCAUUGUCCUCAGCAUGUCCUUUUCUCAUAAUGUGUUUGACGCUGCUGGGGCUGGAUAUGUGUUGGAAUCAUUGGCAGCUUGCUGUUACAAUACUUCAACCGGAGGCACUGACGCUCAGAUGCCGUUGGCAUUGGACCCAGAGGCCGAUUUGCGGAUAAGACAGGUGAUCUUGGACGAUGUCUCUAGGCCAUACAGCACGGGACAGUUCUCAGAGAACUACCGGUGCAACGCAAGCGAGAAAGUGCGCGACGAACUUGCCUCAGUGGUAGCGGUUUAUCACCACAAGAUGUAUACUUUAUCUGCGAAUAAGAUCCAGAUAUUGAGGACAACGUGCAAUAACCUAACUCCCUGCUUUGAGAAAGUGUCAUCUUCACAAGCUAGGUCUCUCUCGAGGUCAGAUAUAGUGAGCGCAGCACUUGCGCUUUGCGUGAAAAGGAGUCGGGCUGCUGCGGCGCCGAGUGGACUAGUAUCCAAACCGAAGGAGCCAGGGCGAUUUGCGCUGGCCGUGAAUCUGCGCCCGCGUCUCCGGAAAGUCGGUGCUGAAAAGUAUUUCGGUAGUUUUAUGACCACUGUCCAGAUUAAUUCGAUACAGAAGGAUGUAUCCCCAGGAGGGGGGUUUUCUGAUUACAGGGGAUUUGACCUGCUGCAUCUCACAAGAAUUGCCUUAAACUUCCGUCAGAAGGUCGCUGCCGUUACCCCUGAAUAUGUUCACGAGUUGGGCUCUCAUUUGAGACAACAGAAGAAUAUUCGGCUUACAACUAGGCUUGCAGAAUUCGGUGUGACUGAUAUGAGACCGCUAAAAAUGUACAGCCUCAACUUUGGGGGGCAAUUGGGUUUCAUUGAUUACCUGUGGCUCCAGUUGAAGCCCAUCGAUGGAACGUGUGUCAUUAUGCCAGCUCGUAUCAAAGAUUCUGAUAAUCACUACGGGAGCAAGGUAGAGGGUUCAUGGGACGUCUUGAUCACAUUGAAGCCGAACGUUCUUGAUACUUUGGAGAAGGAUCCACUGUUCAGCUUUUUGGUGGAGAAGAAGGAACAGCUGGUCGGGUUCAAUUCAAACACUGGUGUACAUGCGCACUUAUAACCGUGUUUCAUGCUGCAAUACCAAGCAUCAUUGUGAUUGUGGAGACUAGGUGGAAAACUUUCCAAUUGCGUCUAUAUUGAUAGUCAAACCAGCAAGGGGUUUCUUUUUUUUUUUUUUUUUUGGCUAAGUGAACAUGCUUAUUUACGAGUCUGUGGCCAGAUCAGUUUGAGGGCCCUUUGCUGCUA